ACUAAUGAUAAUCAACUAAUUAAAUGAAAAUUCAGAAAUAACUAAAAAAAUGAAAAUAAUUAUUGCAUUAACUUGACUUGAUCUGUUUUUCAUUCUGUGAUUUGGAUACAUCUGAUUCAACGUAAGUAGUCAGAGUAGUCUUGACUUCUCAGGAUACUGAUUUCAAUUUCAUCAAAUACAGUAACUACCAAAUUUGAAACAGAACUAUUCGAAAUCUGUGGGAAUGGGAUAAUUCAUAUGAUCAUCACCAAAAACUCCUACUGUAUAUAUAUUAAGCGUACUAGAACACCACCACUGAUCUCUUCUAGUACUUCUAGUCCUACGUUAAACUUAAACCAUGUCUGCUAAGCUUUGUUUUCUUGUAUCCUUAGCUCUCUUGUUUCACUCCACCAUUGCUAGAAAUUCGCCUUCAAUUUCAACCAAUGUCGUCAAUGCCUAUUCAACCUUCAAUGCUACUCGAAACUACACUCAUGUCUGUGAUCCAUCAAGGUUUUCUGAUCUCGGACUCAACAUCAAACAUUUUGCUUUCUGCGACUCAUCUCUCUCGUAUGAUGUUAGAGUCAAAGACUUGAUAGACAGAAUGACACUCAAUGAAAAAUCAGCUCAAAUAGGCGACACUGCCUACGGGGUCCCAAGAAUCGGGCUCCCCAAGUAUGAGUGGUGGUCUGAGGCCUUGCAUGGUGUCUCCAAUGUCGGUCAAUCGGGCAGCGUUGCCUCGUACUUUGAUGAUGUUGUCCCUGGUGCAACAAGUUUCCCCACUGUUAUUCUGACAACAGCUAGUUUCAACCAGACAUUGUGGAAAACGGUUGGCCAGGCGGUUUCGACAGAGGCAAGAGCUAUGUACAAUUUAGGACAUGCUGGGCUGACAUUUUGGAGUCCAAAUAUUAAUGUGGUGAGAGAUCCUAGGUGGGGAAGAGCCCAAGAGACACCAGGGGAAGACCCUUUUGUUGUUGGAGAGUAUGCGGUGAACUACGUUAGAGGGCUGCAAGAUGUUGAGGGGACUGAGAAUACCGCAGAUCUCAACUCUAGGCCCCUCAAGGUUGGUGCCUGCUGCAAGCACUAUGCAGCUUACGACGUGGACAACUGGCUUGGAGUCGAUCGUUACCAUUUUGAUGCCCGAGUGACGGAGCAAGACAUGCAGGAGACGUUUCUUAGGCCGUUUGAGAUGUGCGUGAAAGAGGGCGAUGUAACCAGCAUUAUGUGCUCUUACAACAAGGUUAAUGGCAUUCCAACCUGUGCUGAUCCAAAGCUUUUGAAGGAUACAGUGAGAGGGGAGUGGAAUCUUCAUGGUUAUAUUGUGUCGGAUUGUGAUUCGAUUGAAGUAAUGUUACACGGUCAGAAAUGGCUUAACGAUGAGCCGGAAGAUGCUGUUGCACAAGCUCUGAAAGCAGGGCUGGACUUGGAUUGUGGGAAUUUUUAUACAAAUUUUGCAAACAGCUCAGUGAGGAUGGGGAAAGUCAAAGAGGCAGAGAUAGACAAUGCCCUGAAAAACCUCUACACUGUUCUGAUGCGGCUUGGAUUCUUUGAUGGCAGCCCAAAAUUCGAAAAUCUUGGCAAACCUGAUGUGUGCUCCAACGAGCACAUAGAAUUAGCAACCGAAGCAGCACGACAAGGAAUUGUUCUUCUCAAGAACGAUGCUGAAACAUUGCCUUUGAGCUCUGAGAAGAUCAAGACUAUAGCAGUUAUCGGCCCACACGCUAAUGCCACCAGCGCCAUGAUAGGCAAUUAUGCUGGUGUUCCGUGCAAGUACACAUCUCCCAUUGAUGGCCUCUCGAGAUUUGGAGAAGUGAAAUAUGAGAUGGGCUGUGAUGGAGUACUGUGCAAGAACGACACCUUAAUAUAUCCGGCGAUGCGAGCUGCGAGCAAAACAGAUGCCACUAUUCUGUUUGUCGGGUUGGAUUUAAGCGUUGAGGCCGAAAGCUUGGACAGGGUAGAUUUGCUACUUCCAGGUUACCAAUCUCAACUGAUCAGUCAAGUUGCACAAGUGUCCAAAGGUCCUGUUGUUGUUGUUGUCAUGUCAGCUGGCGGUGUCGACAUUUCCUUUGCCAAGAACGAUCCCAACAUCCAUUCAAUCAUCUGGGCCGGAUAUCCCGGAGAGGAAGGCGGCCAUGCCAUUGCAGAUGUUGUCUUUGGGAGAUACAAUCCUGGUGGGAGAUUGCCUCUAACAUGGCACGAGAAUGACUACGUUUACAUGUUACCUAUGACAUCUAUGCGGCUGAGGCCAGUCGACAGCCUGGGCUACCCGGGACGAACAUACAAGUUCUUCAAUGGCUCCACAGUUUACCCAUUCGGCUACGGUCUCAGCUACACCAACUUCACAUACAAGCCCGUUUCGACCAAGAACAAGUUAAACAUAAGAUUGAACCAGUUCCAACAUUGUAAGGACUUGGAGUACAGGGACGGAUUCUACAAGCCCUCCUGCCCUGCAGUCCUGAUAGACGACUUGAAAUGCGACAGUCAUAACAUGGAGUUAGCAAUUGAAGUGGCGAACACUGGAAAAAGAGACGGAAGUGAUGUGGUGAUGGUGUAUUGGUCAGGCCCGAGUGGGAUUGCUGAGGCUCCGAUCAAGCAAUUGGUUGCAUUCAAGAGGGUGUUGGUGAAGGCCGGCCGAUCUGAAAAGCUCAAAUUGGAGCUGAAUGGUUGCAAGAGUUUUGGCAUUGUUGAUUACAGUGGUUCCAAGUUGUUGCCUUCUGGUGGCGGUAAGAUUGAAAUUGGCGACGGUUUGCUCACAAUUCCACUUCAAAUUGAUUUUCACCGUGGAGCACUGUAGGAGUAGUGUUCAUUAUU